ACAAAUCGGACAAAUAUGACUCCCGGGAUGUGGAAAGGCUUCAGAGCGAUGACGCCUGGGUGGAAAGUUAUCUGCUGUGGAGACACAAUGUAAUCGAUGAUACGUUGAAGAUGAUUGACGAGAGUCUAAAGUGGAGAAAGGACUUAGCUGUAAAUGAUUUGACUGAAUCUGCUAUUCCCAAAUGGUGCUUUGAGAUUGGAGCUACUUUUCUGCAUGGGUAUGACAAAGAAAGCAACAAACUGUUUUGGUUCAAAGUAAAGCUCCAUAUAAGAGAUGCCAAAACAUAUGCAGAUAAGAAACGGUGUGUGGCCUUCUGGCUGGAGCGGUAUAACAAGAGAGAACCUGGGAAACUGUUAACUGUUGUGUUUGACAUGUCUGAAUCUGGACUUAGCAACAUAGACAUGGACUUUGUGCGUUUUGUCAUAAAUUGCUUUAAGAUUUAUUACCCAAAAUAUCUAUCCAAAAUUGUAAUCUUUGAAAUGCCAUGGAUAAUGAAUGCUGCUUUUAAAAUUAUUAAGGGUUGGCUUGGUCCAGAGGCGAUCAACAUGCUGAAAUUUGCAAACAGAAGUGAAAUGCUGGACUACAUCAGCGCUGAGUAUUUGCCACCACAUAUGGGAGGAACAGAUCCUUUCAAGUAUAGUUAUCCUCCAUUACCUGAUGAUGACUUUCAAACCCCAAUGUGUGAAAAUGGACUAAUUAUAAGUGAAGAUGAUUCUGAGAGUAAAGAAGAAAAUGAGUCUGAUAUCAGGGACUCGGUGGAUUCAGGUUCAAUUGAAGAAACUGCUGUGAAAGCAAAAAAGAUUAUCUGGACUGAAGACCAUUUUAAACCCGAGGAGCAAGAGAGAGCUGAUAUUAAGCAAAAAAAUAACAGGAAAACAGUUUUCAAAGGAUCUUUAUUACACAUUAGCCCUGGUGAAGAAUUGCAUUUUGGGUCAAAGGAAAGUGGAGAGAGAAAAUGUUUAAUUGUCCUCACUAAUGUGACCAAAAAUACUAUAGCUUUUAAGGUGAGGACCACUGCUCCUGAUAAAUAUAGGGUUAAGCCAAGUAACAGUAGCUUUGAACCUGGAACAACAGUGGACGUUGUGGUAUCACUGCAUGCUGAAAAAGAUUGCUUAAAUAAGCUUUGUGAGGAGAAAGAGCUGGCAAAAUCGCUCUUUUGGAAAAAAGAGUUGAAAUCUCGUUUUGAACCAGCAGAGAAUACUGACAUUGUUUCACCUACUGUGAAAAUUUUGAUCAAAGGGCUUGCUGCUUUCCCACCUUCAAACAAGCGUAAAAGAUUAAGAUGUCAUGUCAUUGAAAACAAGCCUACUACAUUAUUAUUAAAAGAAACCAGUUUAAACAACUCUGCAUCGAGCCAUGACGAUUUACAUUUUAAGCUAAAUCAACUGAUAGAGAAAAACAGAAGACUGGAAGAACAAGUUGGACAAUGCCUCUGGUUUCAGCAAUUGCUGGCUGUGUUGUUAUCUAUACUAAUUGCCAUUGCUGCUACUGGAAUGUACAUGUUAAAACACCAGGGUCUUUAAAAAUGUAUAACGUGUACAGGAUCAAUACCUCUCUCACAUUGUGAUAUAUUCACAAGUAACCAAAGUUGCCUUUAAAGUCCAAAAAGCUCAGGUGAGGUGGGAUGAAUAUAGAGCUAAUACACGGUACCUAAAAAUUUAAAUCUACAUCAAAUAUGUUGAUACAAUGACUGAAAUGACAAUUAUUUUGCUAAAUUGUUGCUUUCUUUUCCUUGUCUAAAUUUAUAAUUAUAAUGAAAGUGCCAGAGACCACUAAUGGUAAUGAAAAUAUCUCUUCUAUUAUCAGAUGCAAAAAAAAGGUGUUCACAUUUGUUAACUCUGGUUUACUCUGGUUUGAUUUAAAGCAAACCCACAAUCCCCCUUUGAAAGAUUAUUUAUCAGUGCAAAGAAAGGGUACACUUUAACCUGUUACCUUAUAGAACAUGGCGUCUAGAACGCUUAAUAUUAACCUAGACGUGAAAACUAAGACAUACAUUAAGAACCUGUUGUUAUGUGAACAUAUUUUAUUUAUGGAAUUCUGUACAUAGAUCAUAAGUUUGUUCUUGUUUUUUUUUUUGUCUUUAAUGCUCCCUGAAUGAGGUCCAUAUUGUAAUUUUUCAAACUAAUAUUUAAACGAAUACUCACACUAUAUAAACCAAACAACUUUUUAAUGACACCAAGUCUACAAAUCAUUUAUGGUAGAUUUUAAAGGGCAUAAGAUUUUUUGUUUUGUUUAUUAUGCUGUUUUAAUUCUUAUGAAGAUUUAGAAAGAUCCUUCCCUAUAGCUCUGUUUAUGGCUCUUUCUCAACUCUUGAUACUAAAUCUGUACUUGCUUAUAACCCUGGUAUGUAUAGAGUGAGAGCUGAUGACUUUACACCAAUUAUUACUGGCAUUAACAAUAGGGUUGCCACCUCUGCCAUGUGUUCCUGGACAAUUAUGAGUUACACAUGCUGUAGGGUUUGUAGGGAGGAGCAUGUAUUCUGCUGUUCAUCUGCAAUAUUCAUGUGAUGUCCACUUGUCCAGAGGCACAAUACAUGUUCCGCCCUGCUUACCCUGCAGUAUGUGUAACUCAUAAGUGUCCAGGAAAACAUGGCUGAGAUGGCAACCUUAA